GGGGCGGUUGAAUUUGAAUCUGCAGGGCGAGGCAGCGACUCCAUUUAACGCCCCUGAGACCGGUGGGUGGGCCCGGUUUGGUCACCACUGACUUCUUUGGGAUCUCGAUCUUCUCGGCUGUAAGGGGCCGGAUCGGAACAGUCGGCCUUUCCUCGGGCGCGGGAGUACGAUCUGCGGGGGCUGACCUCCCCGGGCUCCCGUCCGCCUCACGCGCCGCCGCCGCUCGGGUCUGGCGGGUCGCGCGGCGUCUUCUCCGCCUCUGCACCAUGGCUCCGUCGAAGAAGGCCUCGAGCCGGACGACCAAGAAGAGCGCGGUGCGGAGCAGAAAGCUCGCCUCCUUCCUCAACGACUUCGACCGUGAAGUACAAAUUAGAUCAAAGCAAAUACAGUCAGAUGCCCAGAACCUCAUCAAAGAAGUAGACAAUCUUUACAACAUUGAAAUCCUCCGGCUUCCCAGGGCGCUUAGAGAAAUGAAUUGGCGUGAAUAUUUUGCCCUAGGAGGAAGCAAACAGGCCCUGGAAGAAGCAGCAACAGCUGACCUGGAUAUCACAGAAAUAAAUAAGCUGACAGCUGAAGCUAUUCAGACACCCUUGAAAGCCGUCAGAGCAAAGAAAGCAGCAAAAGUGGCUGAGGUGAUUAAAGAAGAAGAAACUGAAAAUAUUAAUCCUCAGACUACAAAGGCAAAGAAAUGUCCAACGACUAAGAAGAGGACUCAGUCAGUGAGAGCAAAUGGCAGGAGCAAAAGGUCAAACCAAAGUAGUCUUGUUACUCCAGCCCUGGGCAGAUCUGACUUCUCCAUGCUAGGACCAACUCCAGGCCUGACACCCAGGUUUGAUUCCAGGAUCUUCAAGACCCCAGGCCUCCGUACUCCAGCAGCCAGAGAACGGAUUUACAACAUCUCUGUGAACGGCAGCCCCCUGGCUGAUAGCAAUGAGGUCUUCCUCACUGUGCCCAUGGGUGGAGGAGAGAGCAUGCGCUUAUUGGCCAGUGAUUUGCAAAAGAUGGAUCUGGCACAUCUGGAUCCAGAUGCCUUGGGAAACAUUAAGAAGUUAUCCAAUCGACUUGCUCAGAUUUGUAGUAGCUUACGGACCCGGAAAUGAAGCAGCUGAAAUUCUUCAAGAAGCUCAAGCCGGUUGUGAUGGGACUUAACAUAUGCAACUUUGCCAUCUCCAAAGGAUUUCUUCAGGCUCGUUUAUUUGGGUCCAAAGUUUUUAUAAAGGGAUUGACUGACCUUUUGACUGGUGGGAUAGUAGAGACCAUGGAGAUACACAGGCCUUUGUUCUCAUCCACCUUCUGCCAAAACCCUCAGGGCAAAAAGUUAAGACUCCUAUGGCCAGAGCCUCUUUAUCCACCAAGCCAGCUGGUCAACCUCCAGCACUUCUUUCCCCCAGAAGGGGCUAUUGCAGCAAUGGGAUCUAUAAAGCCAUGCUGCCACUACUCCUAGCUAAGUCCUGUAUCCUGCUGUGGCUCAACAUCUGGACUCUGGGGAUCCCAAAGGCUUCUUGUUCUCCCUUUCUCUUGGGCAUCACCCGUGUGCCCCACACUGGGGCUGAGCAGCUAAACCUUGCAUUUGAAGCAAGUACGGCAAGGAUGGCGGUGGUAUUCGACCGCUGGGGAGCUCUCCAAUUUGCCUCAAACCAGUUCCAAUAUUUUAUUCAUUUUUAGGACUGCAAGUUUUCAAGAGAUGGGAAAUUGCAGCAUCUGCAGCAACCUCCUAACAGCCACAGCAGCAGUAGCCUUUGUGUUUCUCCUUUUCCUCAUCUCUUCUGACCAAAUGUUUUGGGAAUUCUUUGUUUGUACCUAUCUUCAAUAAAUAAGCUUUAACAGUCA